GAGUUGGAGAGAAAAGAGCCGUAGCUCAAGUGAGAAAGAGAGAAGAAAGCUUUGUAGUGCUGAAGCACUUUGAUUGUAUUUUGUAAUCCUUUUGUGAGAAGCCUAUAAAUAUUUAUCCUCCAUAUUUCAUCUUUGUUGAGUGUUCUUAUAUUUUGUGUGUCAAAUAUCCAACACGCCGGACCACUUCGGCCAUUUCACUUCAAGAUGAAGUGGAGAGGAUUAUUAUUUUUGCUUUAUUUAUAUAUUACAUUUAUUGCUUUCCUUUUUUAGAACAAUUAUUUAAUUUGGAUUUAUUUUGAAUCGAGCGAUCUAUAAGCUCCUUUCCGGGUUUUCUUCGUUGAUUUUUUCUCGAAUUGUAGGUCGAAUCAACCCUAGGGUCCUUAGAUAUAAAUACGUGUAUUUUAUUUCAUUCACAAGGAAUAAAAUAUUUUUACGCAAUCUUUUUCUUUACGCUCAAACCCUAGUUCUUCGCGCCGUUGAUCGUCAGGCAAACGUUCCCGCGACUUUACGGAAGAAUUAUUUGGCGUUAGGGAGUUUAUCCCUAACAGUUACUCAACUGAAUCUUUUGGGAAGAUAUCAUAUCGUAUCAAAAAGCAUGACACACCAAAAAUUCAGAGUUUUUUGAUAAUUUUUUAGUAUGAUAAACCCCAUAUUUGGUAUUUUUCCCAUCAUUAAAUUCGCGUCUAGUAUCGAAUCACAUACAUGUGAAAUGCUGAGCUACAAUCUAGGCACGUUUCUUUUCUCUCUCUUUUCUCAUUCUUUUCCGCGAUAAUGAAGACACUUUACCUUUUAUUUCCUUUUAUCCCUGACUGCUUUCUUUCACUUUCUGAUCUUUAACAUGUGUACACUGUUCUCUUUUUUUGCUUUUAUGCAUUAUUUCGACCUAUUCUUUUUUCAGUUUACAUUUUUGUUAUGUUUUACACUACGGCAGGUCUUAAUAAUGAGUGGACAAUAAAUAGUUCAAAGCACCAUAGUGAUUAGUGGAUGCUCCUUGUACGUCUUGUUUGGCUAAAUACAAGCAAAUAUACCCUACCAUACUAUUCUUAUUGAUAUGAUAUGAAGAAGAGUGAAUCAAAUGUGGUGCAUAAUGAUUCAUUAGUUCACAAUAUUGAAGCAUGAUCACAACUCAGAAACUCCUCAUCUUCCUCACCACUUCAUCUCUCUUGAUUCUUUCACUCCUCUAUGCUGCUGAUGCGAAGAUAUGCAGUCCUCCUUCUGCGUGUGGUGCUAUUCGCAAUAUCAGCUACCCUUUCCGCCUCAAGACCGACCCCACCCACUGUGGCCGUUCCGAUUUCGAACUCACCUGCGAAAACAAUGUCACUUUCUUCCAUCUAAACUCCAUUGAAUACUAUGUCAAACACAUCAACUACCAAAAUUCCACCAUCAGGCUGGUUGAUGCUUCCAUAAACAACGAUGACAUCUGCUCUUUCCCAAUUCACUCCUCCUAUCUCUUUCCAUUCUAUUUGAAUGCUCUCUCUCAAGAAUUGUCUGUUAACUUGAUUAGCUGCCCCAAUCCGUUGAACAAUUCUUACCUCUUUAACGAUAUUACAGCUGCCUGUAAUUUAUCAUCACAUCACACAUUUAGUUAUGUAAAUGUUGUACGCAUCAAGGCCUCAGAGGUACCACAUAUGUGUACAUUACAUCUAAUAGUCUCGUCAUCUUGGCCGGGAUUGAUGGAUCUGAAGAUUAUUUCACUCUCACAAAUCCACGAAUCUCUCUUGUAUGGGAUUGAACUCUACUAUUAUAGUUAUUUCGUAGAACCCACAAUAUGGGAGCAAUACUGGUCUUACUUAUCAGAGUUUCAUCGGUAUCUACUAAUUCUUCUGGUCAUUCUAGUCUUCAUAAUUGCAGGGGCAAUCCUUCCUGUGACUGUCAUAAUCGGAAUUACUGCUCUAUUUCUACUCUCAUUUGCUUACCUUUGGGAAUGGAUAAAAGAAAUCGACUACUACUAUCAAUAUCUGAAUCUUGCAGACAAUGUAUUUUUCGUGAGUUGUGUGGCAAUUACAGUUUGUUUAAUUGUAGCACUUAACCCCCUUCUCAUAAUAAUCAUUGGAGCUGGAGUUGGACUGUCAUUCUACUUUAGAAACAUCUACAACAACUACUUUACGGGCCCCUUGUACCCUGCCAUCAACGUUGCAAUCAUCAUCUGGGCGCCAACGAUAAUCAUUUGGCCUUUCGUAUUUGGGUUUUUGAUCAACAAAUUUCGAAGAAGGCGCUUGUCUUCUUUCGAGGUAGUAGAGUCAUUCAUACAAAGUGACAACAAGCUCGCUCCAAUAAGAUAUUCCUACUCAGACAUAAAGAAGAUGACUAAGAAUUUUAAAGAUAAAUUAGGCGAAGGAGGCUUCGGUUCUGUUUACAAAGGAAAACUUCGAAGUGGCCAUCUUGUAGCAGUGAAAUUGCUCGGAAAAUCCGGAGCAAAUGGGAAAGACUUCAUUAAUGAAAUAGCAACUAUUGGAAGGAUCCAUCAUGUAAAUGUUGUCCAGCUUGUUGGAUAUUGUGCUGAAAGAUCCAAGCGUGCCCUCAUUUUCGAUUUCAUGCCAAAUGGUUCGCUUGACAAGUACAUCUUCAAUCGAGAAAAAACACAUUCACUGGAUUGGGAUAUGAAAUUUAAGAUUGCAGUUCAAGUGGCUCGAGGGAUUGAGUAUUUGCAUCAUGGUUGUGACAUCCAGAUCUUACAUUUUGACAUCAAACCUCACAAUAUACUUCUUGAUGAUAAGUUCGUUCCAAAAAUAUCAGAUUUUGGGCUAGCAAAGUUAUGCGCCACAAACAAGGAUGCAGUGACAUUGACGGCUGCUAGAGGAACCAUAGGGUACGUUGCUCCUGAACUUAUCAAUAGAAGUAUUGGCGCAGUGUCUUACAAGGCUGACGUGUAUAGUUUUGGGAUGUUGUUGAUUGAAAUGGCAGGAUUAAACAAAGACUUUCCACGAAACAAUGAUGAAUCUAGUAACUACUUCCCAAACUGGAUAUACGAUCACUUGAACCAAGGUAGAGACAUUGACAUUCGAAAUGUUGAUGAAAAUGAUGAUAGAGACAUUGGUCGGAAGAUGACUAUUGUUGCAUUAUGGUGCAUACAAAUGAGUCCAGACAAUCGUCCAUCAAUGAAUAAAGUAUUGGAGAUGUUAGAAGGUGAUGUCGAACAACUGCAGAUUCCCGAUUAUCCACUGUAUAUGGCAGGAAAUCAAGAAGAAAGCUGGGCUUCUGAUUCAAAUGCUUCCAUAUCAUUGUUGCAUGAUAACAAUGAUAACAACAUUAUUGAGAUCAUUAGCGAUGCUUAAAUCAGUUGUCUAAUUAUCGUUGAAACAAGAUCCACUUUUAUAUGCCUUGAUCGACCUCUAUAGUUUGUACUAUGAAGAAUAAUAUAGUGAUCUCAAAAUACCAACUCAACUGAUUGUUUGUAUUUGUGAUUUGUGUUGUUUAGAGCGAGAUAGUGCACCCACUAUAAAUGCAAUAUCCGACUUCUCCUCUAUUGAUGAAUAAGGAACU